AGCUUAGUGAUCCAAGCCAGUGUAGGUCGCUUCGGAAUCGAAGAUAAUAUUAUCUGGGAUGACUAAUAUCAUACGACACAUGUUCUUUAGUUAAGCUUAGCCAAGGCCCAUGAUGUUGGUUUUGAUCACCUUCAUCGCCAUAAUCACUUGUCCCAUGGAUGCACUGGCUUUCAAAGACUUCUACAACCCAUAAAGUUGACGUCAAGUCAAUGACAUAACGGAUUUAUCGAGUGGGUAUAAAAGCCAACCUUCCCCUCUCAUCAAAGGUGUGCAACGUCUUCUGUGAAAGAGGUUCGUCCAACUAUCAUGAUUAUCCCCAUGCAACAGAAAGCUCUCCUCCUCCUGGAGAAGAAGGGUCGCUUCUCCGUCGAGACCAUCGAUGUACCCACUCCGGGACCUGGUGAAAUCCUUGUACGCCUCGAAGCGGUCUCACUCAACUCAGUGGAAUGGAAGAUCCAGACUACUGAUUUUGUCAUCGACGAUUUCCCAGCAGUCUUAGGCCAAGAUGCAGCCGGCGUCGUAAUUCAGCUCGGCGAAAAUGUUGAUAUGUUCAGCAUCGGCGACAAGGUCUUCUAUCAAGGCUUCUUCAAGAAUCGUUUGGCUGCAUUCCAGCAGUACUCUGUAGCUUCUGCAGACUUGGUGGCUAAGGUUCCUUCGAACCUGAGUUUCGAUCAAGCUGCUUCAAUUCCUCUCGUGUUUGCGACUGCUACUGUUGGUCUCUAUGGCAGUGAUUGGGAACGAGGCGGAGCUGGUUUGACUCCAUUCUGGUAUCCCGAAGGUCAGGAUAAGUAUGCUGGACAACCAAUCCUUAUUAUCGGAGGCUCGUCGUCAGUUGGGCAAUAUGCAUCGCAACUCGCCAAGUUGUCUGGAUUCUCUCCCGUCAUCACGACCGUAUCUCCCCAGAAUUACGGCCUAGCGAAGGCCCUAGGUGCGACUCACGUCCUGAACCGCAACCUCAGCACGAAGGAGCUUCUCCGCGAAGUGAAGAAGAUUACUGCAGAGCCUAUUCAAUAUGUCUUCAACACUAUCGGCUCCAAGCCGACUCAAGAGACUUCAUAUGGAGUCCUCGCCCCAGGCGGAACGCUCAUCCAAGUCGUCGCUUCGUUGCUCGACCAGGACAAGUUGGUUUCAGAAAAGAAAGUCCUGUACAUCGGAGGCAACUUCCACUUUCCUCCUAACCGACUUCUCGGUGCCGGUCUGUACAGUCGUCUUACAGACUUGUUUGAAUCUGGAGUUCUCAAGCCAAACAAUGUCGAGGUCAUUCCUGGCGGGCUCGCGGCCAUUCCUGACGCACUUGAGCGACUGAAGAAGGGCGAGGUCAGUGCACGGAAAUUGAUUGUACACCCUCCUGAGACCAUCUGAGCAUUUCGCACCGCUAUCGGUGGUCCUCCGAUGUAUGUCAACUCGUUGUAAAUCAUUGAAUCUCAUGGCACCCUCUGUGGUGAAACUAUCUUCAGUUUGAUUUCAGUGAUCCUAAGUCGGCAGCUAUUUCUCCGGGCUGCGAGAUCUAUACAGCGGCCUUCACAUACUUAUCGUUGGGAAUGCACAGCUCUAGCUAAGCUCGAGCUAGUCUUACCGCGUAUCGUUGACAAGCGAGUGUGCGUUCAUCCUUCGAACACGACGUAACUCAAUGGGCGUUACUAGAGCCAUUUAGCAGACGACUUACGAAUCCAUUGUCUCCGCAUAACAAUGACCUUGUCAAAUCGUCGAGGAGCGACUCAGAUCAUUCACCGACGCUUCUCGUCAGGCGAAAUAUUUUGGGAGAUCAAGAUUGCUUCUGGUCCUGUCAAUAUUGCCUACUAUACCGUGAUGCCCAGUGGCAUGCUUUUUUCGUAA